AUGUCGCAGGACUCGCUGCGUGCUGCAUUGUCUGACGAUGCUCCGGCAAAUCGCAGCGGUUCGGAUGACUAUGUCUCUGCCCGCCAUCCAUCUCGUCGGCCACCAUUGCGAGCUCGUCCGCAGUCCUGGCAUCCAUAUGGUCCCGUGGAACCACCCCUUGACGCUUCUGCGCGCUCGAUUGGCGUCCACUCCAUCCUGAACCCCCCAGCUCAGGCAGUCGAUGUAGCUGGGGGUCGCGAACCGUUGAAUUUUCCAGGACCAGCAUCGCCUCGACCUCGACCUCGACAAGGAUCCUCGCCGGCUCCGCGGGCUCUUCACGGUAUGCAACCGUUGUCUCCGAGGUCUCAUUCCCGGGGACUCAUGAACCCUAGCUCGCCGUCAGCGAGGUUCGUUAGUGGCAGUGGUCGGAAAUCAGGGCAGUCAAGUGUCUCUCACUCGCCGUUGGUGGCCCAAGAACCACCACCGCUCAGUACUCGACAACAUCCCCCACCCAGCUCGCCGCUCCCUCUUGAUGCAGUACUUCGACCUCUCUCGUCACUGCCGACCACCCAGCCCGCAACGUCGACGUCCCUUCACUCGACAGCAAGCAUCCACUCACGACGAGCCAGCGCCGGCCCCGGUGCAGCGACGGACCCCAACUCGCAGGAAACGAGCCCCAUCACGCCGCACUCCAGCUAUGGUCAUUUUGUGGUUUCCCCAGCACAGGCAAAUGCAUCGAUGCCACCAAGUAUACCACCAUACUCCGCCUCGACACCCUACAUGACGAUAGAAGCUAUCAAUCGAUCAACCACUGCGACAGCCGGCCCCCGCGUGAAGGAAGAACCAAUAAGCCAAAGCAACAACCUAUCCUCUGGGCUAAUCCCUUGCGUACUAGACCUGAAGUCCGGCUCCUCUAGCCAGGCUGAGAAACGCAAAGCAAACAGUGACGCCUCGAGACGAUUCCGCAACCGCAAGCGCAACGAAAUGCAGCUCGAGCAGCGCCUGGCGGCUCAGCAGGAUGAAAUCACACGGCAUAUAGAAAAUGUCCGCCGACAAUCAGAAGAAAUUCGCUCUCUCGUGCAGCAAAGAGAUCACUAUCGCUCCGAACGCGAUUUCUUUCGCGAUCAUCUCGGCCGAUCCAUGUCAUUGAGCACUUUGCCUCCACGUCCUGCGUCUCCGGCUCUUCCUCCUGACACGGGGGUCUCUUGGUCUGGUGAUGCAUCUCGUCCACCUGCGCAGUCGGGUCGAAUCCUCGAGGGCCGUCCGCAGGCCAGUUGGCCCGGUAGUCCAGCGGCGUCGUACUCACCUACUUCGUCUGCGAGAAGCCUUGCGCCUUCGGGUCCACCACCUGUAUCGGGCACCCCGCUACCUCCAUUCCAAGGGUCGUGGUCGAGGCAAUGA